GUCGCCCGCCGCCGCCAUCGGGAUUUACACGCUCAAACUGCGGCGCCUCAAACUCUGGGGCUUCUUCGUGCGCCGCCUUUGCCGCCGAGGGAGAUAGCGGGCGGGCUGCCGCGGCCCAGGCUGGACGCGCCGAGGACAUGGAAGUUUUCUCCCUCAUCCUGCUCGUGUCCCUGUGCUGGGCUCGAACCUGGAGAGCGGCGGCUGCGGAUUCAAUCAUUCACAUCGGGGCGAUUUUUGAUGAGUCUGCCAAAAAGGAUGAGGAAGUUUUUCGAAUGGCAGUUGCUGAUCUCAACCAGAAUGAUGAAAUCCUACAGACGGAGAAAAUCACGUGUUCUGUGACCUUUGUGGAUGGCAACAACCCCUUUCAGGCAGUUCAAGAAGCCUGCGACCUCAUGAACCAGGGCAUCCUGGCCCUCGUCAGCUCCAUCGGCUGCACGUCGGCCGGCUCGCUGCAGUCGCUGGCGGACGCCAUGCACAUCCCUCACCUCUUCAUCCAGCGCGCGCCGGCGGGCACGCCGCGCAGCGGCUGCGGCCUCACGCGCAGCAGCCGCAACGACGACUACACGCUCGCCGUGCGGCCCCCCGUCUACCUCAACGACGUCAUCUUGCGGGUGGUCACCGAGUACGCCUGGCAGAAGUUCAUCGUCUUCUACGACGUCGAGUACGAUAUCCGCGGCAUACAAGAGUUUCUGGACAAAGUGUCCCAGCAAGGCAUGGACGUGGCCUUGCAGAAGGUGGAAAACAACAUCAAUAAAAUGAUCACGGGGCUCUUUGCCACCAUGAGGAUCGAGGAGCUGAACCGGUACAGGGAUACUCUGCGACGGGCCAUCCUGGUCAUGAACCCCGCCACUGCCAAAUCAUUCAUUACAGAGGUCGUGGAGACGAAUUUGGUUGCUUUCGACUGUCACUGGAUCAUUAUAAAUGAGGAGAUAAGCGACGCGGACGUGCAGGAGCUGGUGCGCAGGUCCAUCGGGAGGCUGACCAUCAUCCGGCAGACGUUUCCUGUCCCCCAGAACRUCAGUCAGCGCUGUUUCCGUGGCAACCACCGCAUCUCCUCCUCGCUGUGCGAUCCGAAGGACCCCUUCUCCCAGAGCAUGGAGAUCUCCAACCUGUACAUCUACGACACGGUGCUGCUGCUGGCCAACGCCUUCCACAAGAAGCUGGAGGACAGAAAGUGGCACAGCAUGGCCAGCCUGACCUGCAUCAGGAAGAACUCSAAGCCCUGGCAGGGAGGACGCUCCAUGCUGGACACCAUCAAGAAGGGUGGAGUAAACGGCUUGACUGGAGAACUCGAAUUUGCAGAAAAUGGGGGGAAUCCCAAUGUUCACUUUGAAAUUCUGGGGACCAAUUAUGGAGAAGAUCUUGGCAGAGGAGUCCGCAAGCUCGGCUGCUGGAAUCCUGUCACCGGCCUCAAYGGCUCCCUGACGGACAGGAAGCUGGAGAACAACAUGCGAGGGGUCGUGCUGCGCGUGGUGACCGUGCUGGAAGAGCCRUUUGUCAUGGUGUCUGAAAACGUUCUGGGGAAACCCAAGAAAUACCAGGGCUUCUCGAUAGAUGUGUUGGAAGCUUUGGCCAAUUACCUUGGCUUCAAAUACGAAAUAUACGUUGCACCGGACCACAAGUAUGGAAGUCCUCAGGAUGACGGAUCAUGGAAUGGACUGAUAGGAGAACUAGUAUUUAAGAGAGCUGACAUAGGGAUCUCUGCCUUAACCAUCACCCCCGAUCGGGAGAAUGUGGUGGACUUCACCACCCGCUACAUGGACUAUUCAGUGGGAGUGCUGCUUCGGAAGGCCGAGAAGACAGUGGACAUGUUUGCCUGCUUGGCGCCGUUCGACCUCUCCCUGUGGGCCUGCAUAGCGGGCACGGUGCUGCUCGUCGGGCUCCUGGUCUACCUCUUGAACUGGCUCAACCCGCCGCGCCUCCAGAUGGGAUCCAUGACCUCCACCACGCUCUACAACUCCAUGUGGUUCGUGUACGGAUCCUUUGUGCAACAAGGAGGGGAAGUGCCAUACACAACGCUGGCGACCCGGCUGAUGAUGGGAGCUUGGUGGCUUUUUGCUUUGAUCGUUAUCUCGUCCUACACAGCAAACCUGGCAGCUUUCCUCACCAUCACUCGCAUAGAGAACUCCAUCCAGUCUCUCCAGGACCUCUCCAGGCAGACGGAUAUUCCUUACGGCACGGUGCUGGACUCCGCCGUCUACGAGCACGUCCGGGUGAAAGGGAUGAAUCCUUUUGAGAGGGACAGCAUGUAUUCCCAAAUGUGGCGCAUGAUUAACCGAAGUAAYGGCUCCGAGAACAACGUUUUGGAAUCGACCGCGGGCAUCCAAAAGGUGAAGCACGGGAACUACGCCUUCGUGUGGGAUGCGGCGGUGCUGGAGUACGUGGCCAUCAACGACGCCGACUGCUCCUUCUAUACGGUGGGGAACACGGUGGCGGACAGAGGGUACGGAAUCGCUCUGCAGCACGGCAGCCCCUACCGGGAUGUCUUCUCCCAAAGGAUCCUGGAGCUGCAGCAGAACGGGGACAUGGACCUCCUGAAGCACAAGUGGUGGCCCAAGAACGGCCAGUGCGACCUCUACUCCUCCGUGGACGCCAAGCAGAAAGGCGGUGCCCUGGACAUAAAAAGUUUUGCAGGGGUUUUCUGUAUCCUCGCCGCUGGGAUUGUCCUAUCCUGUUUCAUUGCAAUGUUGGAAACGUGGUGGAAUAAAAGGAAAGGCUCCCGGGUUCCUUCAAAAGAGGACGACAAGGAGAUCGACCUGGAGCACCUGCACAGGCGCGUGAACAGCCUCUGCACGGACGACGACAGUCCCCACAAGCAGUUCUCCACCUCGUCGAUCGACUUGACCCCGCUGGACAUUGACACUUUGCCCACGCGCCAAGCGCUGGAGCAGAUCAGUGACUUCAGAAACACUCACAUCACCACGACCACCUUCAUACCCGAGCAGAUCCAGACUCUGAGCCGCACUCUGUCCGCCAAAGCCGCCUCCGGCUUCUCCUUCGGCAGCGUCCCCGAGCACCGAACUGGCCCUUUCAGGCACAGGGCGCCCAACGGCGGCUUCUUCAGGAGCCCCAUCAAAACCAUGUCGUCCAUCCCCUACCAACCCACGCCGACGCUGGGGCUCAACCUGGGCAACGACCCGGACCGAGGCACCUCCAUAUGAGUGUCGCACCGCGGUCCCUCAGCGCCUCUUUUCUAGGACUCCCUCCGCGAGGAGCAGCUGUGAUGUUGUGGGACUAACAUGGAUGUAACCUUUGCUGUUUUCCUCUUUUGGUUUUUUGUUUUGUUCUUUCUGUUCUGACGUUUGGUUUGUAAGAAAAGAAUGAGGAUUAUUAGUAACUCCUCCUCCUCYGAUCUACUCUCUCAGCCUGGUCUCCUCCUCCUCCUCCUCCUCUAUCUCCUUUUAUUCUCUUUACUACUUGAAUCACUUAUUCUUUGGCUUAUUACUCGCCCCCAUUAGGUUUUGUUACUUCAGGCUUUUCAUAUAAUUUAAGUAGAGCAAACAUGUAGUGAUUAAUGCAUAAAAAAAAAAAAAGGAAAAAAAAAUGAGGAUUACUUUGCAGAAGGGCAUUUGUUCCUCCUCCCCCACUGCCUUUUUUAAUGUAAUUGCAAUAACUUAAGUCCUGUGCAUUUAUUCUGCUGCAUCCAGUCAGCGCUCCACUGCUGUGCAUCCUUUUAACUGUGGACCAAAGGCAAACCCUGCAGUUAAAAAAUAAAUAAAUAAAAAUAAAUAAAAAAGGCAAAAAGAAUUUAAAAAAAAAAGAAAAAAGAAAAGCUAGAGGAAGUUAAAAAGACAAUUCAGGCCCUGUAAUAUGAGAAUGCAAUUUUGUAGGAUUACAAAAAGCCAUUACUAUGCCAGUAAAGACUACAGUUAAAUCUACUUUUGCACUGCAACAGUGCAUAUGACCUUUAUGUGAUUGUACAGUGUUAAAAGUUUUUCUUAUGUACAGUAAACUGUAUCAUAUGGCAAUGCCUCUGUUGUGUUAAAUAAACUAGUAUCUUAUACAUAUAUAUAUACAUAUAUACGCAGGUAUGUAUAUAUAUAUACAUGUAUAUAUAGCUAUAAAAUGGCAGCCGUUGCUAUUGCAAUUCAUUUAAUAAAGCUUUAGUAAAGAUGUGUUGUAUACGGGAAGGAUGUACAGCGCAGGGGGUCUUUUCAUUUAGAAAAGACAGGUUGCUUUAAUGUUAUUCUGGCUUGCAUUGUUUGCCAACAGAGCGUAUUUUAUACUUUUUUAUUAGAACAUCCGGGACAAUUAAUUGUUUGUACCUCGAUGUAACUCAUUUGAUUAGGUUUAGCAUUGGCUGCUGAGCAUCGUAUAAGGCUAACCGUGAUAAUUUUAAUUAAUUAGAAGAAUGGAAAACUCUUAGGUCUACCAUGUUCAUGAGCGACUAAUAUUAGCUCUAGAGAAGUUUAAAUGCAGAACAAAGGUUAAUAAAUUGUUUUCCAAAUCAUUACAGCUGAUCGAUACGAUAAUGGUGUUAGUGGAGGAAAAGAAAGCCCUUGAGAAAUACUGAUGUGGCCUUAAUUACAAUCACAUAUUGCUCUAAGGAAAAAAUAAAUGUAUAUGAACAGGCGCUCAUUUUAACCCGUUACACGUUAAGUUAGAUUUAGAGGAGCUACAUGUUUCUUACAUUAGUGCCAACUGUAUAGAGCAAAAGAGAGAACAGCAGUGAGAGCAAAACCAGUGCCCACUUUGGCACCUGCUUUGUGAAGUAACACUGUUACCUGUUAGAAACGUAGGAAGAGCUUUCGAUUUGUAAUCCUUAAAACUAAAAUUGCGUUUCAGUAGAAAGCAAGCGGUUUAUCCUGCAAGUUCUUUGAUUUCGUUUUGGGUUUUUUUGUUUGUUUGUUUGUUUUUUUGUUUUCUUUUUUUAACGCAACCAUGCACUUAUUUUAACCUAACUCAUUCUUUGGCUAGGAUUACUAGGAAUCAGCCUCUGUGAUUUGCUUUAGGAUAAAUUAAAAGGUAUAUUCUUCAGAUYUAUUCUAUUUUGAUGCUAAUUCUGUUCUGGGGGAGCAUCUUGUACUGUCACUGUUUUUUGUACUAAAUCUUCAAAUCUUGUCUACUGUGUAAGGCAGAACAAAUUCUUAUCGUGCAAAAGGCCAUUUUGUUUCCGGGGAAGGAAGUGUCUAAAAGCAUGCACGACUUGCUUCC